AUGUCUGGGAAUGCGACCCGGAGCCUGGGGAAAGGAAGCUGCCCCCCAGGGCCCGUCCCAGAGGGCACCAUCCGCCUCUACAGCAUGAGGUUCUGCCCCUUCUCGCACAGGGUGCGCCUAGUCCUCAAGGCCAAAGGCAUCAGACAUGAAAUUAUCAACAUUAACCUGAGAAAUAAGCCUGAAUGGUACUAUACAAAGCACCCUUUUGGCCAUAUUCCUGUCCUGGAGAACAGUCAGCGUCAACUGAUCUACGAAUCUGUCAUCGCUUGUGAGUACUUGGACGAUGCUUAUCCGGGAAGGAAGCUGUUUCCGUAUGACCCUUAUGAACGAGCUCGCCAAAAGAUGUUAUUGGAGCUGUUUUGCAAGGUUCCACACCUGACCAAGGAGUGUUUGGUAGCACUGAGAUGCGGGAGAGAAUGCGCUGAUCUGAAGCGAGCCCUUCGUCAGGAACUCUGCAACCUGGAGGAGAUUCUUGACUGUCAGAACAGCACCUUCUUUGGUGGAGACUGCAUAUCCAUGAUCGAUUACCUCCUCUGGCCCUGGUUUGAGCGGCUGGAUGUAUAUGGGAUAUCCGACUGUGUGAGCCACACCCCAGCUCUUCAGCUCUGGAUAGCAGCCAUGAAGCAGGACCCCACAGUGUGCGCUCUUCUCACAGAUAAGACCAUCUUCCAGUGCUUCUUAAAUCUCUAUUUCCAGAACAACCCCGCUGCCUUUGACUUCGGACUAUGUUGCUGA